AUGCGAGCCGAAUUAUUCUUCCAGGACGGCGAUCUGAACGGGGCGUCAACGGUCAUGGGAAAUCGGCCGAAUGAGGGCGGUUUUUCCGAGGAACGGCUCAGAUUCAGCAUCACACAAGCGUUCGCAAAUCUCCACUUGGGUGAUCAAAAAGGAGCUGAACAGGAGUUGAUCAGAAUCCUGAAUGAAGUCUCCGUUGAAGAUAACAAGCAUGAUGGAGCCAAUCUCGGUAGAAUUCUGGAAGAUAUCGAAAAUGAGGCAUCGUACUGGCACGCCAACGCCUUGCUCCACCUUGGAGAGUACCAAAAGGUCAAAGAUAAGAUCGAAGAACUUUUCGACGAGGAUCGCUUCAGACUAGAUGCUGUGGCUCCUACCAGCGAUGACUUAAAUAGUCUUGUCCGCUCGGCCAACAUGUUGCGGCUUCGGUCACUAGCCAUCGCAUCCCUAGGAUUGUCCAAGGAGACGGACGCGUUGCUCGAGUCAGCGCUCGAUCAAGCGACAAAACAAUGCGAAAAAUUACUCAGCAUUGGCAGAGACGGCGAUUCCAUGUUAUCUACCGAAGCAAAGUUUGCUCAUAGGGCAACAUCUACGUCUAUUAAGCUUGCCAGAUCAAGGAUCUUGGCUCUUCGAGGUGACAACAAGAAGGCUCUUCUGAUAGUCUCCGAGGCUUUGAGCACUUCUGUUGAGCAUAUUGGUGACAAAUACAUGCUCACCCUUGAAGUGGCCGUUUUGGCUGGCCAACUUCAAAUUGCAACAUCGCAGGUCGCCCGAGGUCAAGACUUAAUCGCCAAGUCUUUGGAGAUCAUCACAAGGAAAUACGGCUCUAAUCAUCCUUUGGCGCUAGAGGCAUCCUACGCACUAAUCUCUGCGGCACAAGCAGAGGGACGACUGACACAGGCGCUGGGCAAGUCACAGAAUUUGUGCAAAGUAACAAGUUACAAUAUAGGACUGGGCCAGGACCAUCCACUGGUUCUGAGAUGUAAAGCCCAACUGGGCACAUUACACAUACAGUGUGGAAACUAUCGGAAAGCUGAGAGAGUUCUGAAGUCAGCGUACGACGAAUCAUGCCGCAAGUGGUCAGACGAGCACCCGGAAGUCAUGCGACUGAGAUCCAAAUAUGCACUUGCUCGAUACCAUGCAGGGAAGAUUCCCCAGGCUUGGGAAGAUAUAUCUGCUGCGAUCAGAUGGCAGUUGCGUGUCUACCUGAGAGUUCCUGAAGAGAGACUGUGGGAACCGACAGAAAGUCCCAACCGUUGUUUGAAGGGUGGCUUGCUUCUUGAUCUGCGCACUGCGUUCAAAGCGAAGGACGGACUGGCUGAUCCUACUGUCAUGAGUCACCCUCACAUUCUUGACUCGCUUCUUACUCUCGGAAAGGUUGCAUUGAAAUUAGAGAUUCCGGACCGCGAUCUUGCUGUACAAGUCUUUCAUUCAGUCUGGAGCUGCGGUGAUGCGAAGCUAUGGAGCUCUAGUGACACGGUCCUGGAAGCCGCACUUACUCUCGGAACGAUACUGCCACCAGCCAGUCCAACCCGGGAAAUACAGGCGGGGAACGGGGCCGCGAACUUUACGGCCAGCUCUCAACAAGCUCGCUUACGGCUCAUCUCACCUAUCACCAUCCCAAAGUUCUCCGUGCUCGGCAAGAAGCUGUGA